UCGAGUGCAGCCACCCGCAAGCUCGCUAUUACACGGUUAUUACAAUACCAGCACCCAACGUCUACUUUGAACGUCGGUACUCUAUCCGCUAACCUCAGACGAGCUCUGCCAAACGACGGUACCGUUCAACAGGAAGUUGCCCUCUGUAUCCGAAACGCUGUGCGCGAGGCUGCCAGGAUCAAACGACAAGGUCAACGAGUAACGUGGAGAUCCAAGAGGAGGUAUCUGCUAUCGAAAACUACCUCGCGAUCAACAAAUUGAGUCCAAACCCUCGUAGGAUUAUUCCCAUGUCGACGGCGAAGCAACCUUUUGUCAGUUUCACAGAGUGACAACUGGCCAUGUUCUUUUUCAACCGCGGAGGCGCACUGAGGGCACAGGUUCAGGAACUGGUCGGUACCGUCUGCACAUCCAUGCGGAAUGUUGAGGAGUGGAUAGGAGGAAAAGAACCAGGCUUUCUCAUCAAGCACCUCAUCGUCGAUAUCGAUCCCGAAGACCUGACCAGUCGCAAGAGAGGCAAGGCUGGACACCGCGCUGCGAUCAAGUUGUUAUCCCUUGAUGAUCUCGAGACCCACUUGCAGAUGCUGGACGAUCCAGAGUUCAGACCGGAGACCUAUGCCCGCAAAGGAUAUUUUCUCAGGGGGUCCUUACGAACUGACGGAUUCACUAUGCAGCUCCUGUGUUCCAAAGUCAGGGAACUUCUGUCAGUCAAAUACAAACGGUUGCCCGGCGAUCGCCUACCUCCUCGAUUGACUUCAACACUUCACGGUACCAGUGAUUUUUUGACGGAGAUCCGAAACGUUGUCCGAACCAAAGACGAUGUGGCGAGACUUUGGCCUGGUGUCGAUCCUAAAGAUAUCAAGAUCCUCACCCUUGACGCAGGACAAGCUUUUGUCGUUGGAGCAUAUGCAUACCUACUAGGAAAAUCGAUGAACAAGGACGAGUCCACUUCCUUCAAUGGCGCAUUUCCUAUCGCCUCUUACUCCACAACAACACCGCAGGAUCUGAUGCAAAAGCCGUCUUUGGAGGCACAAACAACUUCAACACCGCCAGCAACAACGACAGCGUCUGACAAGAUCCCUCACCACAAUCUUGCCGUCAAUCAGAAGGCCGUGAUGCAGCCUGUCUUCCGAUAUAGACGCUGGCUCAAGGACGAGAAGCAACUGAAACCAGAGGGUCCAGAGCGGCAACAUCAAUUGAAACCGGAUAUCGGGUUACAGUCGACUGCGCAUAUCGAGUCCCAGCUCUCACCUCUCCGAGGUCCAGACACCAGUGUCACCAACUAUAUUGAGGAGUUGGAAAAAGUCAAGAACCGACUCUUGGAGUUCUAUAACGGGGACAACUUUCGAUUCAAGAAGCACACAUGGGACAUGGAGAGAGCCAAGCACAUCGAGUACCAGGCUAUUGCCAACAGUCUGCUUGGAAUCGUUGGCGGCAGCAUUGGUGAACGUCGAGCCAAUGAUAAUCCAGUGUUGAUUGGUGUGGGUCUUGGCCAGUUCGGGAGCAGUAGUCGACUGUCGUCUCUCCACUCGCCGUUUUUGUCAUACUUUGUCCCUCUGGUAAGCAGACGUUUUAUUUUUUGUAUCAUUGACAAUAUUUUCUGAGGACUGAGUGCAGAUGAAUAACUUAUUUUAAUUGUUGUAAUUAGGCGCGGUCCCUUGGGUAUAUUGCCGUCGGUCUUAACGAGUUUUAUAC